UUUAGGAAGUGGUAUUUUGGGUGAACGUUUUCUAAGAAAAUAUUGUGAAAACGUGACAAAUUCUUUUUGAUUUUUAAGCAUUUGUUGACAAAAAUGCCGAAAGGGAGAACUCCAUCUACAAGUGACAGUGAUUCCAGCUCAAGUGCAGACAAAAAUGCAAGCAAAUCCAAAGAUGGAGAAAAACUUGAUAGUGCCACCGAAGAUUCUUCAUCAGACUCGGAAAGCACAAGUUCUUCAUCAUCUUCGUCAUCAUCAUCGUCUUCGUCAUCAUCAUCGUCAUCAUCAGAAGAUGAAAUGGCAGCAUCUCCUACUGACAACGGCAAACAUUCCAGUGUACAUGAUUCUAGUGACAUAAGAAAAUCUCCAAGCGAUACAAGAAACGGAAGACAUGUAUCCAGUAGAGAUUUGUUGGCUAAGGACCGGUUGGAGACAAAUGCCAAUUCUGAUAGUUCUUCAAGGAAAAGGCCUGAUGAAAGAUCUCGUUCGCGAUCCGACGUUUGCUCGGAAAGUUACAGAAGGCACACAGAUGAACGGCAUCAGCGGUCAGACUCGCACAGGGAACGUGAAUCAGAAAAUUCUCGUCGGUUUAGAGAUGAUCGGAGGCAGGAAAGACCGAGUUCCCGCUCUGGUAGUCAUUCAGAUGUUUCACGAUCACGCAGAGAUGAGUCGAGAAGGGAUGACUCAAGAAGACGCGACUCGAGAAGGGAUGACUCGGGAAGACGUGACUUGAGAAGAGAUGAAUCAAGAAGAGGCGACUCAAGAAGGGAUGACUCGAGAAAGGAUGACUCGAGAAGGGACGACUCAAGAAGAAGGGACGACUCAAGAAGAGAUGACUCGGCAAGAAGCAGAUAUUCAAAUGGUUCAGAAAGUUUAAGAAAAGAUGAACCGCGAAGAUCGAGAAAAGGUUCUGACAUGGAAACCAGUCCUGCCAGGUCGCGGAGAUCCAACAGUCCUAACAGGUCACGGAGAUCUAAUAGUCCUAAGAGGACACGGAGGUCUAAUAGUCCUAACAGGUCACGGAGGUCUAAUAGUCCUAACAGGUCACAGAGGUCCAGUAGUCCUAGCAGGUCGCGAAGGUCUGAUUCUUUGAGAGAUGGUGCUGAUGGAUCUAAAAAAGAGAGAGAAAGAGAAUCAAGAAGACACAACUCGGACUCCAGUCCUAGUCCAGACAGGCCGACAAUAAGAAGUGAAACGUUAAAACGUAGUAGGCAUGACAGCGAUUCAGGUGAAAAUCUUGACAAGCCGUCUUCGAGUAUUAAAAUCGGUUCAGAUUCCGUCCCAGAGAAACGAAAUAAGCGCGACACCCAAUCUGAUUCAAGUCCUCACAAAUCUCCGAAGAAAGUCUCCAGUCAAACAGAUGAUCUCAAGACCAGGUCUGAUUCAGCUUCUAACAAGUCAGGAGAUGGUGACCGGGUCGAAGGCCACUUGGAUCAGAAAUCGGUUUCUGAUCAUUCCAAAGGAAAGACGUCGACCAAGAGACGAGGCUAUGAAACUGGGUCAGAUUCGGGCUCGGAGAAGUCUGAACGGCGUCGCUUGGUGCCUCCCAAGAAGAGUCACAGAAGUUCUGAUGUUGAUUCUGAUUUGGGAAUCAAUUCUAGCAGAACUGCUGAUGGCGACAGAAAUAGCGGGAAAGAAAGUGAUCGCCAGAAAGAUUCCACAAAAAGUGAUUCAUCGCCUCAUACUCAGUCUAACCGAAGGAGUCUGUCGUCCUCUCCAGUGAAAGGCAGAGCUGUUUCAUCAGCUGUCUCUGACAACAACAAAAGCUUAGAUGGUGAUUCCAAAGACCAAGAUGGUGACCAAAGAAAGGAAAAUCUUUCCGAAGGAAAAACAUCAAAAAAGCAUGCUCGUUCAUCUAGCCCAGGUUCUGCAUCAGAAAGUCCUCGGAAACCGCAGGACACGUCAGGCAGGAAAGAAAAACAAAUUGAUGAUGAUGAUAUUGGGAAAGAAAUAAUCCGAGAUGGAUCUGGAUUGGGCGAUGGCACUGAGAAAAAAGGUAGUGAGAAGGAAAAUGGAAACAAGUCUUCAGAAAAACGUAAAUCUCUUUCACCCGCUAAGGACAAAACUUCUGCACGCAAGACAUCUAGUAGUCCAAGUAGCAGAAGUCCAAAAUCUAAAGUAUUAAAAUUGUCUGGAUCCGACCAAAAUUCUGCUGAUGAUGGUGGGAAGGAGGUUCCUCAGAAGAAUUCUGCAACUGGUGAGAUUGAACGUGACUCAGAAAAAGAUGGAAAUGGUGCUGAGAUGUUGGAAGGAAAGUCUGGAGCUGGUGAUGCCAGGAAUGAGAAGGAAGUGCCUGUAACUGACGCUGCAUCACCGAGGAGAUACCAGAAACGUGACACCACGAGUGACACGGAAAGUGGCGAGGUUUCCACCACCGACUCGGAUGAAGAUCCUUCCCCAAAGAAAGCUGUAUCCAGCAUCAUACAGAAACCAGACGUAAGGAAAGAGGCCCCAUCGGCUGAAAGCUUGAAGAAACUGGUGGACUAUGGCGAAGAAGAACAGGAUGAUAAUGAAGUAAGUGUUAACCGUGAAAUUAACGGGGAAUCGACAGACAGGAGAAGAGGAAGAGAUAAACGAUCACGGAGUCGAAGCAAGGAUCGGAAAGACAGAAGAGAGGAAAAAGACAGGAGAGAAGAAAGGGACAGGAGGAAAGAAAAAGACAGAAGAGAGGAAAACGAAAGAAGAAACGAUAAAGACGACAGAUACAACGAUCGUUCGAAUCGACCUGAUUACGGGAAUGAGAGAAGAAAAGAGAACUCCGACAGAGAUUACAAUCGGCGGGAUUCAACACGGAGAGAGAGAGAAGAAAGGAGUGAUUGGCGAGAUCGACGGAAUGAUCGCAGGGAUGACGGAAGACGUGAGAGAAAUGAGGAACGGAGGGAGAGAGGCAGUGAUGAUAAAACGAAUAAAGAUGGGGUAGAUAGUGGAUCAGCAGACAAGGCUCAGAAACAGUCUGAAACACAGCCGGGGAACUCGACCACCGCACCGGAGCCCGUCAAGAAAAACACAGCAGAGGGCGUGGCAGCACUCACCGGCCGAACUGGGGGUGCCUACAUACCCCCUGCUAGAUUGAGAAUGAUGCAGGAACAGAUUACAGACAAGAGCAGCGUGGCGUAUCAGCGGAUUUCGUGGGAAAAUCUCAAGAAGAGUAUUAAUGGUUUGGUGAACAAAGUGAACGUUUCCAACAUCAUCCCAGUUGUUAGAGAAUUGUUUCAGGAAAAUAUUGUUAGAGGAAGGGGUCUUUUAGUGCGGUCGAUUCUACAGGCUCAGACUUUAUCACCAACAUUUACCCACGUCUAUGCUGCUCUAGUAUCCAUCAUAAACACAAAGUUUCCUCAAAUAGGAGAGCUUCUGUUGCGUAGAGUUGUCCUCCAGUUCAAGAAAGGUUACCGUAGAAACGACAAGACGUUAUGUCUGACAACAACUCGGAUUGUGGCACAUCUUGUAAAUCAGCAAGUGGCUCACGAGGUGCUGUGUCUGGAGAUUCUCACUCUACUGUUAGAGAACCCGACUGAUGACUCGGUGGAGGUGGCCGUCGGCUUCCUCAAGGAGUGUGGUUCCAAACUGACAGAAGUAUCGCCGAGAGGAAUCAAUGCUGUAUUCGACCAGCUCCGUAAUAUCUUGCAUCAAGGUAGCGUGAACCAGCGAGUACAGUACAUGCUGGAAGUGAUGUUUGCUAUUAGGAAAGACGGUUUCAAGGACCACCCAGCCCUGUUGGAUGACCUUGACCUUGUAGAAGAGGCCGACCAGUUCACCCACUUGAUGACGUUGGAGGAGGCCAAAGAUCCAGAAGACUUGCUCAAUGUAUUCCGGGCAGAUCCUAACUUUCUGGAUAAUGAAGACAAAUAUAAAGCUCUCAAGAAAGAAAUUCUUGACGAGAGCAGCUCGGACGAGGGAAGUGGAUCGGGGUCCGGAUCGGGAUCGGGAUCGGGAUCGGAGGACAGCGAUGAUGAAGAACAGGAUGAGGAAGCUAAACAGACGAUUAUUGACAACACAGAAACGAACCUGGUAGCGUUGAGACGCACCAUCUACCUGACGGUUCAGUCGAGUCUCGACUUUGAGGAGUGCGCUCAUAAGAUGCUCAAGAUGGAACUCAAACCGGGCCAGGAGGUUGAGCUUUGCAACAUGAUUCUCGACUGCUGUGCACAGCUGAGGACAUAUGAGAAAUUCUUCGGUCUUUUGGCUCAGCGGUUCUGCCAGCUGGACAAGAAGUACGUGGAGCCAUUCCAGACUAUAUUCAUGGAGCAGUACGAGACGAUCCAUCGUCUGGAGACCAACAAGCUACGCAACGUCUCCAAGUUCUUCGCUCACCUGCUGCUCACUGACGCCAUAUCCUGGGGGGUAAUUAGUUGUGUAAAGUUGAAUGAGGAUGAUACGACGUCAGCGAGUAGGAUUUUCAUCAAGAUUCUCUUCCAGGAACUGUCGGAGUUCAUGGGACUUCCAAAACUUAAUGACAGACUCAAAGACCAAUCACUGCAGCAGUAUUUUGAAGGAAUCUUACCAAGAGAUAAUCCAAGGAAUACUCGUUUUGCCAUCAACUUCUUCACCACCAUUGGGCUCGGUGGUUUGACCGACGACCUGCGCGACCACCUGAAGACGAUGACGAAGCAACUGAUGCAGCAGAAACAGGAGCAGGAGGCGGCCGAGGUGGACGCUCAAAGUUCUGACUCAAGUUCUGACUCAAGCUCUGACUCAAGUUCAUCCUCCGACAGUUCCGACAGUUCGGAUGCAGAUUCUGAAAGUUCUUCAUCUGAAUCAGAUAAAGGAAACCCCAAGAGAAAAAGGAAAACCAAACGUAUGUCAAAGGAAAAAUUGAAUGCAAGUAAAAACAGUUUAGAUCGUGAAUAUUCUCAUAGAGACGACAAAGGCAAAUCUAGAAACAAAUUUCGAAACGAAAGAAAAUCUGUUGAUGACAUUGGUGCGGAUAGAAUGAGACAGAAAACAGACACUUCACGAGAUGGAAGAAAUUCACGUAAUGGUAAAGAACGUGACCGAAAUGAAAAGGACAAGCUACGGAGUAUGAAUGAUAUUCACAGCCGACAUGAUCGAAACACGGAAUAUCGUCAUGACAACAGAAAUUACGACAUCGACGACUACAGUAGAAAAGACAAACACCACAGGGAGAACAACAAGAGGGGGGAUGAUCAGGGCUUGAAAAACGACCAGCAUACCUCACGGAGGGACAGAGAUAGAGACGAAAAAGAAAAUUACGGUCGAAAUUCUCAGAGAGGCCGAGAUCGACGUUUGUCGCCAAGUGAUGGUGAUGAGGACGACGAAUAUGGCAGCGUGAAUGACAGGCGGAGUAAAAAGUCGGACCGACUGGUUGAAGAUAACGACAAGCGGGCUAAAAAGUCGGACAGACAGCCGGGUGGUAACGACCGUGACUCGCACGGUCGCCGAGAUUCACCUGCGUCUGAUGGAGACGCGAGUCGACUGAAGCAGCGAUCGCGGGAGUACAAGGAUGAUGUUGCCAGGAGCUCAAGUGGUGAUAAGUAUUCAAACAGAGACGGUGGCCACAGGAGACGCUGAUGUCAUUCAGGGCAGUCCCACAAUUGAUCACAGUGGGUGGGGGUAGGUAGGAGGCAAUUCCUGUCAAGCCUUGACAUUCAUGUGUAUACAAUUCUCCAUGACUGGUGUAUUAAAAAUCAUGUUAUGUGCUGUCCUGUCUGGGAAAGUGUAUAUAAAAUAUCCCUCAUGGGUCAUUCUGUGUCAAUUCACCCACUGCUAGACCACACCCGUUGAUUUUUCUGAACAUUUGUAUAUAAGUAGUGGUAUGUGCUGUCCUGUGUGAAGUGUAUAUAAAAUAUCCCUUGUUUGAAGACUUAGCGAUUAAUUAAUUGGUGUUCUCUAAUGGUGGCUCUUAAACAAAAUAAAACAAACUUUUACUGAAGACUGUUUCAAAAUUAAUAAAUGUUUGACAUCCAGUAUGAUGAUUCAUUAAUCAGUGUGCUCUAGUAAUGUUGUUAAACAAAUUCUAGCUGAAAUU